AUGAUUGAAUUUAAAGCCACAGGCAAUAUUUUAUGUGUGGAUAUUCUAUUGGAAUUAUUCCAAUAUUUUUAUGUUGAUGAAUUAUUUAAUUUAUUUAAUGACAUAAUUCACCAAUUUCCAUUAUUACUUAAAAAAGAAAAUGUUCAAUUGCAUGUACGUCAUAUAGAUACACGCUUUCGUAAAUAUAUUCUACCAAAAAUUGAAAUCAGCAAUGUUAUAUCAAUCCGUAUUGAAAACGUGUAUCAUAUGGCUAAAGUAAAUUUAGGACAAUUCGAUCGAGUAAAUUUACUUACACUAAACAAUGUAACUGUUCACAAUUGGCCGGCGAAUUUUCCACAUAACUUGAAAUCUUUAAUAGUUUACGUCCGAAGUAAAGAUCGUCAGCAAGUAUUUACGAAAGCCUUAGGUUUAGUCAAUCUCGAACGAUUAGAAUUUAAUUCAUCAUUUUUACAUUUUCAUUAUUGUGAUGAUAUAUUAGUUGAACCAUCAACCGUUAAACAUUUAGUCUUUAAUAGCCAACGUUGUCGUAUUGAUUAUCAAUUUUUAUUAAAGAAUAUACCUUAUUUACAAUCAUUAAAAUCAACGAAUACGUAUUAUGCACAUCUAUUUAAUCAAAAUUUAGCAAAAUUCAACGAUUUACAUACGAUCGAUUUAGCGUGUAAAUAUCUAGAUAUUCAAAAAAUGAUCUUCGUUCUAACAAAUAUAGCUUCAAAUUCAUUACGUCGAUGUCGCCUGAUAAAUAUCAACAGUAGUUUACCAUCAUGCAUCGCAGAUGUCCUGAUUUCCUCAUAUUUUCCUGAUUUUUACACUGCAUCCUGA